AUUCAACGUCGCCAUUGCGCACCCCGAUCCUCUCCUUUACGUUCAUUGAUAGUUAUUCAAAAUGGGCGGCGGCGGCGGAAAAGUCCCUUACCCUAAGCAUGUCUGGUCCCCAGCCGGUGGUUGGUACGCGCAGCCCGCCAACUGGCGCGGCAACACCCUGAUUGCUGGUGUCGUCAUGGCCGGUAUCGUGGCCGUUACUUGGAAGUUCAGCUCCGAGCGAGAACAAUGGGCGCACCGACCUGAGCCAGGUCAAUGGUAUGCCAGCCGACACUGGUCAAAGCAGCUGAAGCAGUGGGAUGCGGAGGAUCGUGAGAACUCAACAAAGAGCGAAUAGAGUCUGGAUAAAAAGACCUGUGUAUAUUUCUGCGACAGAUGAAGACAAUCUUGAGUUAAAGACCAUUAUUUGGGGCUCCUUGAUGUUUUGUGGUGAAACCGAAACACUGAUACCGUUCGUGAGGAUAUUAUGCCUAUACGCAAUCGAAUUGGAGUAAAUGGCAAUGCCUGAAGAUCUGGGGACAAACAGCUAUGUUGUUCGGUGA